AUGAAUGAAAUUGAAAUUGGUCUCGAAUAUGCAAAAAAUAAAAAAAAAGCUCGUUUACAUAAGAACAACAUUUCUCGUCGUAAACUUCGUACAAAGUGUAAUUCAAUUCUUCAUCCGAAUGAUUCAAUAGAUAUUGAGACAUCGGUUAUAACAAAUUUGGGUUUGAUGACGAUAAGUUCUGAUGAAAACAAUAUGAACCAACCCGAUGUUCGAUCUCACUCUACAUCUGUUAAUAUUUUAAGUGAUCAAAUAGAAGAGAAUAUCGAUGAAUCAUCCAUUGGUUUUGAUAAUCUUGACUUCAAUGAUCUUAUGCACCAUCAGGAAGCAGAAAAUUCAAAUCUUCAUGAAUAUACAUCUAUGGACUGUCUCUCAUUUUCAAAACAUCUAAUUGAAUUCAUUCGAAAUGCCAAUGUUUCUAAAACUCAUGCCGAACAGCUCAUAACUUUAAUACAAUCAGGACUUCCUCAACCAAACACUUUACCCAAUAAUUAUUCCGAUCUACUUAAAUUACUAUCAGGUAAUAUCAUUAACUUUUUUUCUUUUAUUGAGUAUUAA